AUGGAAGGAGGGAGAAAGGGGCGGGGUGAUGGAAGGAGGGAGAACGGGGCGGGUGAUGGAAGGAGGGAGAAUGGGGCGGGGUUAUGGAAAGCGGGAGAAUGGGGCGGGGUGAUGGAAAGCGGGAAAAAUGGGGCGGGAAUGGGGCGAGGUGAUGGAAAGCGGGAGAAUGGGGGGGGUGAUGGAAGGAGGGAGAAUGAGGGGAUUCCAUCCCCUUCUCCCAGAUCCAUCCCCUUCUCCCAGGGUUCAUCCCUUCUCCCAGAUUCCACCCCCUUCUCCCAGAUUCCAUCCCUUCUCCCAGAUUCCAUCCCCUUCUCCCAGAUUCAUCCCCUUCUCCCAGAUUCCAUCCCCUCUCCCAGAUUCCAUCCCCUUCUCCCUCAUUCCAUCCCCUUCUCCCCGAUUCCAUCCCUUCUCCCAGAUUCCAUCCCCUUCUCCCAGAUUCUAAACCCUAAAUCCCCCUUUCCAUCACCUGCCGGCCCCGCCGUCCCCGUCCCUGCACCGCCGGCCCCGCCGCCCCUGGUCUCGCGGGCCCGCCACCCUACCUGCAGCAGCCGAGCCGCCCACCUGCAGCAGCCGAGCAGCAGUGCGGCCGAGCCGUCCGGCACCCGAGCCGCCCUGCCGCCGAGCCGCCCGGGAGCCGAGCCGCCCGCACCCGAGCCGCCCGACACCCGAGCCGCCCUGCCGCCGAGCCGCCCGGGAGCCGAGCCGCCCGACACCCGAGCCGCCCUGCCGCCGAGCCGCCCAGCAGCCGAGUCGCUGAGUCGCCGAGCCGCCCUUCUGCAGAGCUGCCCGGCCUGCCCUGCCUGUCAGGGACCACUUUCUCGCAGUCUGCCCACCACCCUCACCGUCGACGUCCUCGAGAAGGCCCUCCUUGCGGCGGAGAAGAGCAUCGUCGCUGUAGGAGCUUCUCGUGGUGACCCUCGCACCCCCAUCUUGAGGGGUGCUCUCCUUCCCCCCUUGCUGCCCUCUGUUGCCUCUGCUGCUGCUGCCGACCUGCUUGGUCUCGAGUCGGUUGGCGCGGCGUUUGCCCCUAGUGGAGACGCCGCUCUGGCAAGGGCAAGGGGAGCAAGGGCGCUGGUGGAGCUGGAGGAGGAGGCGGUGGAGGUGGCAGUGGAGGCAGCGGAGGGAGUGGGGGUGGCGGCGGGAGUUGUGGAGGGGGUGGUGGUGGUAGUGGUGGCAGCGGCGGAGGAGGCGGCGGUGGUGGCGGCGGCGGUGGUGGUAGCGGCAGUGGUGGCGGUGACGGUGGGGGAGGCGGCGGCGGAGGAGGCGGUGGUGGCGGAGGAGGUGGAGCUGGUCGAGGCGGUACCCAGCAGCGGAGCGGCGGUGGUGGUGGUCAGCGCUCGCAGCAGCAGCAGCAGCAGCGUUCGCGUGACGUCCCUCUGCCCCAGCAGCUCACCGCACCCACACCUCACGCCGCUUGGCCGGCCGAUUGCGGUCUCCCUGGCUGACCCCUCUGGGGGUCCUGUCCUCUCUCACUUCUCUACUGUGCUCCCGUGUCCGGCUGCCCCCUCGGGCACACUGUCUGGUCUGUACCUUCCCUCGUUCUCGACGAACUUGGUGAGUGGUGCGGACCUACAGGAUGCGGGGGUUCACCAGUUCACUCCUGCGAGUCAGCGGGUGACCCACUGCACGGACGCACGCACAGGCCGACACCUGGCCACGUUCUCACGUCGGCCAGGGUCGAGCCUCUACACCCUGACCACUACAUCUCCUCCUGUCCCUGCGUCGGGUCAGGUAGCUGCGUCAGGUCAGGUGCUUGCUGCUGCGUCCGGGUCAGGACCUUCCGGUGUCCCCUAUGUCGAGGGGCGCCUCCGGGCUGCUCCUCACUCCUCCCAGUUCCCCCCGACAGAGGCUCCACUGCAGACCCUUCACAUGGAAGUGUGGGGCCCAGCCCCCGUCAGUGGGCAGGGUCACGAGCGCUACUUCCUGUGGUGGCAGUUUUACCACCCCUCCUCUCGUCGUGUUCUGUCCUCCCAGGACGUCACGUUCGACGAGUCAGUCCCCUUCUACCGCCUCUUCCCCUACCGCACUCCUUCCCUCCCCCCUCCGCCGGACUUCCUUGUACGGUUCCCCCCCGGUAGACCCCCUCCUCUCUCAGGUGUGUCCCAGGUAGACGCAGUUGACCCGGUCGAGGUUACUGGUGACUUUGGUGCUGCUGGGGUGCUGAGCCAGGGGGUGCUGACUCUGGGGGGGUGCUGUGCGCGGGGGGUGCCGGGCCUGGAGGUGCUGAGCCUGGGGGUGCUGGGCCUGGGGCCUGCCCGGGAUUCUCUGCUGCUGCGUCUCGACGGGGAGCCCCUCUCUCCACAGGAGCUGCGCGAGUGGUUUGCUCGCGCUGGAGGCGUGCUGCUGGAGCUGGUGCUUCUUCGACCGUCGAGGGUGCUGGUGCUGCCGGUCCCGGAGCUGCGGUCUGGGCUGCGGGUCCUACUGGAGCUGGAGCUGCUGAGGGUGUUGUGGUGCUGA